GAUUUGGGAAAAAGAAACCCGCUAUGAUCACUGGAGGAAGAGUAUUCUAUUGGCCUGGUUUACAAAAGUGCAGCAGAAUCUCACUCAACGUCAUGACAAUAAUGAUCCCCACACCUGACGUAUACACUGCCCAGGGCGUCCUCAUCUCUGUGACGGGCAUUACUCAGGUCAAAAUCAGCACGCAGAGCAAAGAGCUCCUUGAACGCGCAUGUUGCAACUUCUUGAGCAAAAGCAAGAUGGCAGUCAUAGAGCUGAUCCAAGAAACACUGGAGGGUCACCAGAGGAGCGCCGUGAGCUUGACAACCGUUGAGGAUAUUUACAGAGACAGGCAGGCCUUCAACACUCGCAUGAUCGAAAGUGCAUCACAUGACAUGGUUAACCUCGGGGUAGAGAUCUUGUCCUACACCAUCCACGAAGUCUAUGACAAUCUGGGCUAUUUGUCAUCUCUGGGCAAGUCACGGAUAGCGGAGAUUCACAGGGAUGCGCGCAUAGGAGAAGCCCUGGCCAGAAGAGAUGCACGAAUUGUGCAGUCACUGGCCCGAGAGAAGCUCGUCGAAGCCCAGCUCACCAACAAGACCCUCAUGGCGCAAGCCGAGCUGGACUUCCUGUGCAAGAAGGAAGAUUAUGAGAAGGAGGUCUAUUCUCAGAGAGCCAUGGCAGAGAAUGCCUACGAACUUCAGGCUGCCAAAGCAAAGCAAAAGAAUAUGAACGAAAAGAUGGAGAUUGAGGUUAUCGACAGGAGGGAAAGGGUCACAUUGGAGGAACAGGAAACCCUCCGCAGAGAGAAGCAACUACAGUCCGCAGUCAAGCAGGUAGCAGACGCAGAAAAGUACAAAACGGAAACAUUGGCUGCAGCGGAGAAGCAGAAAACGAUCCUGGAAGCCGAAGCGGAAGCCGAGGCCAUCAGGCUGAGGGGCGAGGCCGAGGCCUUCCUCGUGCAGAAGAGAGCCGACCGCCGAAGCCUACGUCCCCCCAUGAACAGGAAAGCCGAAGCUUGGGACGAGUACAGGAAAGGCCAGCCAUGCUCGGCAUGUACCUCGACACGCUGCCUAGGGUAUUAG